CGGGCCACCCAGCCGCCUGCCAUGCCCUGCCGAGGACGGGCAUCCCGACCAGCUGAGUGCCCGCACGGCCAGGGGCACCUCGGGCACCACCACCAACGGCUGUGCCAAGGGCAAGGAGAGACGGGACCGCGCUCGCCGCGGGGCACGCAGCCCCUCGUGGGAUGGGGACCGUGCCCCGCCGCCCACGCGGGGCAAGAAGAAGAAGAAGAAAUCUGGCCGCAAGAAGCGGAGGAGAUCUCCCUCCUACAGCCUCUCACCUGUGAAGAAGAAAAAGAAGAAAAGCUCCAAGAAGCGAAAAAGAAACAGGUUAUCAUCAAAGAAGAGAAGGCACAGCUCCCGUGGGCGCCCUCGGAAAUCCCACCGGCACCGGCACCGCCCCGUCCGCUCCCGCUCCGCCAGCUCCCCGUCCCGCUCGCCCAGCCGCCGGAGCAGGCACAGAGCCAGGUCUCGGGAGGAAGGGCGUAAAACACGGCGAAGACACUCCCGGCACCGCUCAAAGAUCCCAGCAAAACGAAGCUCCUCUGCAGAGUUUCAGGCCAGCCAAAAAGCCAGCCAAACCCUCCCACUCUACAGCUUCCUGUCUCCGAAGGAAGUCAUCUCUCAGUCAGGGUCUUCUGCUGACCUCUUUACCAAAACAGACAGCCCGCCUGGCAACCUAGCCAGCCACAAUGGAGAGUAUCAUGAAUAUGACUCAGGAAACGAUACUUCCUCCCCUCCCUCCACUCAAACGAGCUCGUCCAGGUCAAAGGACAGCCAGGAGAAAAGAAGUCUAGUCCAUGAUGGCUUUGGCCAUGCCUUCUCGUCCGGGAAGCCCAAACUGGCCAACAGCGAUAACAGCUCUGAUUCAGGAAAUUCCUUCACCAGUUGCUUUUCCCAGACCAAGGGAACAGCUUUGGAAAAUCUGUCUCCAGAUGCCCAGGGACAAGACCGAAGAGGGUGCCUGUCCUUGUGUCUCAGCUGUUCAGAGGAGAAGCAGCAGAACUUCCUCUCGUCGCCAAGCCCCAGCUCCCCGCUGAGGCCGUGCUCUCGCAGCAAGUCCUCCAGCAGCACGGGCAGGUCCUCCCCUGGCUCCAGCCGCUCCCGCUCCUCACGCCACAAGGCCUCUCCCAGGGGCUCCCGAAGCAGGUCCUGCUCUUCAGGAAGGAGGUCUUCUUCACGUUCCCCCAGCUAUUCCUCCAAAUCCUGCAAAAAAAGCCCUGGGAGCAGGAGCUCAAGGCCUCGUCGGAGCCCCAGUUACUCCCGCUACAGCCCCAGCAGGGACCGUGAGCGAGAGCACAAGCACGGGUCCAGCGAGGAGUCGCGCCGGGAGCGGGCCCGGCGCCGCAGGUCCUACUCGCCCCUGAGGAAGCGCAGGAGAGACUCUCCCAGCCACCUGGAAGCUCGGCGCAUCACAAGUGCCCGCAAACGCCCCAUCCCCUACUACCGACCCAGCCCCUCGUCCUCCAGCAGCGCCGGCAGCUACUCCUCCUGGUACAGCAGCCUUAGCCGCCCCCCGCAGCUGGAGGAUGAGGGUGGCCGAGGCCAAGAGCACUG